CACCGUCAUCACUUCGUUCUACGUUGUUUUUUCUCCUGACGCGAAACGAGCGAUUAAUACUGCGCCAGACUGGGAUAUUCCGCUCUGCUGGAUUACCGUGAGGAUAUUUGCGCUACUGGUUUGCGGUGUUUUCAUGGAAAAUGGCGAGAUGUGUUCACGCGCGUCUGAUGAUGAUGGUGGUGAUUUUCAGCGGAUCGUGGACCGCUGUGGACGCGCUCACAUUCCCUCAGCAUUUCACGAUCAUGCACUGGGCUCGACGCAUUGAACAGGAGAUUGACAGAGUUCUGCAGCACAUCAGCGGAGCUCAACAACUCAAGGGGAUCUACAGUGAGAAGAGAAGACAGUUCAGUGUGGUCAGAAAUAACCCACGAGACAUCGUAGAGAAAGUCGCAACAGACAUCGAGAGACUGCUGGCCAAGAAGCGCAAAGCUCUCGAGAAACUGGCGAGUGAAGCGGAGCGUCUGCAGAAAGAUCAUCACUGGCAGGAUGGAAUCAAGGAGGAGAAUAUUGAAUAUUAUAACUCUAAAGCAGAGAUGGACUAUGACGGUGAAGACAUUGAUUCUCAGAUGUCGCUGAAGUUGGAUUUCAUUUACGACCCAAACUUCAAAAACCAUGUGAAUUACUCUCACACGGCGGUACAGAUCCCAACGGACAUCUAUAAAGGAGCUCCAGUGAUUCUGAACGAGCUGAACUGGACUCAAGCGUUAGAGAGAGUGUUUAUGGAGAACAGUCGAGACGACCCGUCGCUGCUCUGGCAAGCGUUUGGGAGCGCCACAGGAGUCACGAGAUAUUACCCAGCGGCUCCAUGGAGAGCGCCAGAUAAGAUUGACCUUUACGAUGUACGACGGCGACCCUGGUACAUUCAAGGAGCGUCGUCACCUAAAGACAUGGUCAUCCUCGUAGACGUGAGCGGCAGUGUUAGCGGACUCACUCUGAAACUGAUCAAAGCGUCAGUCACCGAGAUGCUCGACACGCUUUCUGACGAUGAUUACGUCAACGUCGCCAGGUUUAAUGAGAAGGCGGAGGCGGUGGUGCCGUGUUUUAGGCACCUGGUUCAGGCAAACGUUCGCAAUAAGAAGAUCUUUAAAGAGGCCGUCCAGCAGAUGCAAGCCAAAGGAACCACAGAUUAUAAAUCAGGCUUUCAUUUCGCCUUCAACCAGCUGCUCAACAAGACGAAUGUUCCUCGAGCGAACUGUAAUAAAAUAAUCAUGUUGUUUACGGACGGAGGAGAAGAUCGAGCUCAGGACAUCUUUGAACAGUACAACUGGCCCAAUAAAACGGUCCGUGUCUUCACGUUCUCUGUUGGGCAGCACAAUUAUGAUGUCACACCGCUGCAGUGGAUCGCAUGUGCUAAUAAGGGAUACUAUUUUGAGAUCCGCUCCAUCUGUGCGAUACGAAUUAACACCCAGGAAUAUCUGGACGUGUUGGGUCGACCGAUGGUUCUGGCGGGCAGGAGUGCUAAACAGGUUCAAUGGACGAACGUUUAUCAGGACGCUCUGGGUCUUGGUCUGGUGGUGACCGGCACGAUGCCUGUGUUUAAUCUCACAGUCGAUGGAAACUCUCAGAAUCAGCUGAUUCUCGGUGUGAUGGGGGUCGAUGUUCAUCUGGAUGAGCUGAAGAGACUCACACCACAAUACAAGCUGGGAGCUAACGGAUACAUCUUUGCCAUUGACCCAAAUGGAUACGUGCUGUUGCAUCCAAACCUGCAGCCUCAGGAGGAGGAUCUGCCUGAACCAGUAACUCUGGACUUCCUGGAUGCAGAAGUAGAAGACAGCAGCAAACAAGAGAUUCGACGGCAAAUGAUCGAUGGCAGAUCGGGUGAUAUCACUAUCAAAACUCUAAUUAAAUCAGUGGACGAGCGCUACAUUGAUGAAGUCGUACGGAUGUAUGCGUGGACUCCCAUUAAUGACACAGACUACAGUCUGGGACUGGUAUUGCCACCGUACAGUGAAUAUUACAUCCAGGCUGAUCUCAGUGAUGUCAUGCUACAACUGCAGUAUUUACAGUCUCUGCUGCCAAACUCUUUUGAGUCUGCAGGUCAUGUGUUUCUAGCUCCCAGAGAAUACUGCAAGCGCCUGCAGAUGGCAAAGAAUAACACACAGUUUCUGGCUGAUUUUCUGUCUCUGAUGGUGGAGAUCACACCUGAAUCUGAAGACUGUGAUCAUGGUCUGAUUCAUAAUCUGAUUCUGGACUCUGGGAUCCUCUGGCAGCUCGCCACACGCAUCUGGCAGAAUAAAGAUCUGAAUACGUAUGGAUUCCUGGCACUCUUUGCGUCCACCAAUGGAGGCGUCACGCGCGUUUACCCCAAUAUGGCUGCUGAAUCAUGGGAUGAAGACGUCGAGCCUCUGAAUUCAAACUUCUAUCGUCGCAGUCUGGACAAUAAGGGUUACAUGUUCAGAGCGCCGACACGUUCUUCGAUAGAUGAUCCUUUGAUCUCUGAAAACGGAACGGUGGGAAUUCUCGUCACCACCGCUGUGGAGGUCACAAUAGGAGGAAAAACCAUGAAACCUGCAGUUGUUGGUGUUAAACUGGAUUUAGAGGCGUGGGUCGACAAGUUCAAGAUCCUUGCCAGUAACGUCUCGGACAGCAGACAGGCCUCACAUAAGUGCGGCCCGUCCAGAUCCUGUGAGAUGGACUGUGAAGUGAACAGUGACGAUUUACUCUGUUAUCUGAUUGAUGAUGGUGGAUUUCUGGUGAUGUCCAAUCAGAGAGAUCACUGGAAGAAGGUGGGUCUGUUCUUCGGCGAGGUGGACCCGUAUCUGAUGUUCGCCCUCUAUAACAACUCAAUCUACGCUCGACAUCAGACCUUUCAGUUCCAGACUACAUGUGAACCGACGGCCAGCAGCCACACGGGAGCCGCACACAGACGAUUCUACGUGCCUUCCAUCGCUGAUUUUGUCAGUCUGGCGUGGUGGACGUCAGCAGCGGCGUGGUCUGUUUUGCAGCAGAUCUUGUAUGGACUCAUCUACAGCAGCUGGUUCACCAAAGAUGUGUUUGCAGAGAGUUUUUCUGACAGUAAAGAAAGCAGCAGCUGUGUGACGAUUCACAGUCAGUUUUAUUUCACCAACACCACCAACUCAUUCAACGUACUGCAGGACUGCGGGAACUGCUCCAGGUUGUUUCACGCCAAGCGAAUUGAGAACACAAAUCUCUUGUUUGUGGUGGCCGAGACUCUGCCCUGCAGCUCCUGUGAGAUUGAGAAACUACUUCCUGUCAGAACAAAGUCUCAAGAAGAGAACCCAUGUGAGGUCUUGAAUUCUGCUCGCUACAGGAAAGGACCCGACAAAUGCUUCGACUUCAAUUCUGAGGAAAACACAUCAGAGUGUGGCGGCGCUCCGUCUUUGCACUGUCCAAUCAGAUUCCUUCUCUGGAUUCAGUUAACGAUGCUUUACCUCAUUCUACGAUCUUAAUCUCAGAUUUACUGGCUCUGUGUGUCUCAUCCGUGUGACGCUCCGGUUCUCUCCUGAUAUAGUCCUGGUUUUCCUGCUCUCCGAUUCAUCAUCAGGUGCAUUCCAGCUGUGUGCCAUUACAGAGCAGAGCAUGAUGGGAAAAUCGUGUCUUAGUAACGCAGACAUUGUGCAGAUCCAGAACACCAAAACUGUCUUCAAUCGUUUCACUGAACAAAUCUACAUUUCUGCUGCCGUAAAGUGUGUUUGCUUGCCAAAUCCUAGAACAGGAGAGGACCUGGUUUGUUUUAAAACACGUAAAAAACAGCAAAGAUUUGAUGCUUAUUAUCUUAAUCUCGCUUUGUGCGUUUAUUUUUGUCUUGCUUCACUUUGGAUUUCAUGCCAAACCCAGACAUUGCGUGGGUGCUAAAUUACUGGGGACGUGCAACUUUUGUUUUCACGCGAUUUUUCAAGCUUCCUUGCCAAGAGAGAAUGUCUUUUCAUUGCUAACUGCUUUGUUUAGCAUUUUAUUGAGUUUUAGCGUUGUGUAGAAUGUUUCAAGGGCAUUUAUUGUGUUUAAAUAUCGCUGCCUGGUUUGUUACCCAACAGUGCCUUGGCGCACUUGUCCGAAUGGACCAACAAUAGCACUGGAUGUGUAUGAGACUGUCCCUGAGAGAAUGCUUGAAGAAGACACGGUACUGAAUGAUACGAUAAUGAAUGUUCGCUUGAAAUGUCUUUGGUUUACAGUAUGGGGCUGAAUGUCGCCAAACCUGUCAAGAAAUAUUUCGUAUUUCAUCCCUAAAUCAAAGAACAAAAUAAGAACGAAGGCUGUUUUUAGGACAAUGAAGAUUUUUUGCAUUGUGACAUUUAUAGGAAUGUUCCAGGUUCAGUUCAAGUUAAGCUCAACUAAAAAUGAUUUCUACUCGCUUAAGUGAUUGGGGCAAAUAUGUAAACGUUAAAAUUAGGGAUGCACCAAUUCUGCUUUUUUCUCUUCCAAUUCUGAUAUCGGAAAUCUCAGUAUUGGCCGAUCCCGAUCCGAUACUAGUGUUGUUGUUUAUUGCAUAAUCAGUUUAGAAUAUCUUUACAUUAUUGUGUGGAAAGAAAACCUUUAUUGUUCUAUAGUCUACUGGAUAGCGUAGCAGCAAAAUUAACAGUAAUUCUAAGUGUUCAGUAGAAAAGAAGUCCAAUUUUAAUUUUUUAUUUUUUUGGCAAACAUUUUUUAAAUUUUGUUUCUGGAUUUUGAAGGAUUCAAUUUAGUUAUAAGAUAUCAGUUCACUUUUAGAAUUUUAAGUACAACAGUAAUAUUUCUCAAUCGUGCACCUUUAACUUUGAACCCCUCACGCUUUUAUUUUGACAUUUUGAAGUCUCCAGGAUGUCCUGUAUGUGUCUGUUUGUGGGCUAGUUCACAGUAGUUUAAUUCGCUUAUUAUUCAAAUUCUGGUCAAAUGCUCCUCCGGUGCCGUUCUAAAUGCAUAUUAUAAGUGAGCUGAACUAUUGAGCUUCUACAUCUGAGAUGAUGUUCGUGAGUAGCGCUCAAAUAUUGUGCAACGCGUGAAUAAAAAUAGCCGCGAGUGUGUGUGUGUGUAAACAGAGCAGCGCCUUUCACUGAUGCUUACACUGCGCGUGCAUUUUAUAUAUUUACUUAUUAAACACAGACUUCUGUGAUUCACAGAGCUAUCGCACAUCUUUAAGUCGCUUUGAAUAAAAUGCACGAGUCAUAUGAAAUACUUAAAUUUAGUUUUUUGAAUUUUUGGAGUUUGACAUUAACGAACAUGACUAACACAAAGUAUCGGAUUUGGAUUGGGCUCGUUGGUACCCGCUCCGUCUAAAGUCAUCAGUAUCGGAUCCGUACCAUCCCUAUAUAAAAUACACAUCAUUUCAAAAGUAUAGCCACAAGGCGUAAACAUUUUACAUGUUAACAUGAUUUUAGUGUUCUAAAAUAUGUAAUUUACCUCCAUAAUAGUGUACACCAGAUAAAUACUAAUAUUGUUAUAAAUACUAAAUUGUAACAUUGGAUGUAACUUUACACGGGUGUGGUUAAUAAGCGAUUUCAUCACAGUAAAGUAGUGUUGAGUUUUGAAAAGAUGUGUAUUUGAAUGUUUAUGGAGUGGCCUCAAUCACUGCCAUUGUGAGUGUCUUACCGUAACAGCGACUUAUUUUUUUAUUUAUUUUUUUUAUAAAAAAUCGGUAUAUUACAUAUAUAAGUUUUUUUUUUUUUUUUUACUAUAAUUUUAUUUUGUAAAAACAUCACAAGGCAAAAAAAAAUAAAAAAAAAUUAUGGUUGUAAUGUACGCUCCAUUUUCUUUACGCAAAAUUAAAUUCCAUAUUAUCUGUAUUGAUUUUUAAGGGAAAAAUGACCUGGACAUUCACUCAAGCACGUCCUUUGACGUCGAGUAUUGGUUUUACUAUACACGUUCUACUGAUUCUGUCUAUACAAAGACACUAUUUGUCUGGUUGUUUUAUCUUUUUAUGUAAAUAUGACUAUUCCACAUGGAGUUGAAUUACUUCAGUGUGUUUUAAUUAAAUGGAUUGCAAGAUGAUUCGCCGUACCGCUGCAUGCUGGGAAAAAUGAAACACGAUACGAGCAUUUAUAGCCGUUGACCAAGACGCAAUGACUUAUCUUUUUAUUGAGUCCAUAGAUGUUAUCAAAAUAAUUUUUAUUUAAUUAUUUAAUUUGAUUUGAAAGUUGUAUAUUGCUUGCGAAAUGUAUCAAAUGUAGAUUUUGAGCUUUCUUGCUUAAGUUUGAUGGAAAUGUUUUGGAUUUUAUCGCAGAUGUUUUUGGUGAUAUAAACAUUUUAACGGUCCGUUUCGGGAAAAAAGUUACAUUACCAGUUAAAAGUUUAGACACCUACUCAUUCUUUACUAUUGCUACUUUUCACAUUUUAAUAGUUAAGUCAUCAAAAACACAAAUGAAACAAUGAGAAUUAUGACCAAAUAAUGUUAACCAAAUGAAGAGUUUCCUCUUCAACUUAUCCUUUGAAAAAUACUACUUGCGUAAAGAAAUUCAUACAUAGGCGACAUUUAUAUUUCACUACAAAACUAAUGAUCGUAGGGUUUUUAAACUUAGCGCAAAGCAUUUGGUUGGUGUUGGUUUUUCGAAAAAUGUAUUUUAGGUAUUUCGCUUGUUAAUUUGGCCAUGCUUCCAAAUCAAACCGGACCAAGAUUUUUAACACAAUGUUCUCGUUUAGUAUCGAGCUCUGAAUUGGACUCAAGGAGUUUCACGUGAUGUGUUUUGUUGUGUAUCGUAAUGGCUUGAGCAAUACUUUGAAUUAUGUCGAUUACAUUGAAAUUCAACGAGCACACCUGCUAUUGUCUUAAGAAAGAGCAUGAAAUCAGUAUUUGAGCCACUUUCAUUUGAUGACUUUGGUUUAAGCUUGUCUUUGAAUAUUGGCUUAAUGUUUGUAUAUUAUGAGCUAUGAGCUUUUUAAAAGUAUUAUUUUAUGCGAUUAAGAGUAUUUAUACUACUGUCUGUAUGUAAACAGCUCUGUGUUACACUGAAUUUUAAUGAUGUGUAGGAAUGUUUUCAUUAUUUUUCGUUUUUCAUUCUGUUGUUCUGCGGAUGUUUUGUUAACAAUGUGAAAGGGGUUUUCCUCCUUUCGACAGUCUUCCAUAUCACGCCAUUUUGUACAGAUGGCACUAUCAAGAAAGCCUAACUUUGUAUCAUACUGUGUCAUUCACUUCUGGAAAAUGUUUAUAAGAGAAUUGGUGAGAUAAAGACAUUCAUAUUUUA